CGGUGCGCGCGCGCGCGACGGGGGUCGACCAGUCUAUCGUUCACACGGAACGAACGUCGUCCUCGUGUUCGUCCUCGCCGUCGCCGGCUCGACGACGUCGUGUCCAAAAGUAAGAAAUAUUUUCAGUGCGGUGCUCCUCCGUUGAAGAAAAAGUGAACCUCACCUCCUACCCCCUCUCUAAACGAAAAGGAGCCUGGCAAGGUGUGUCGCCACUCAUAACCUCAAAAAAGGCUCCCAGGUAGUAACGCAACGACGUAACGGGUUUGACGCAACGGGUUCGAGGCAACAGGCGACAUGUCGUGUUAGUUCUGCAAUCACCUGUGCCGGAGCGCCAAUUGACGCGAGUGUUCCGCGGGUGGAGAAAUAGUGUUUUUUUUUUCAUUUUUAACGUGGCGAUAGGAAAAUCCGGGUGGUGACAAUUGUUGAACUUGUUUCGAGGGUUGCAACCCUCGCCAACGCCGGAUAUGCAGAUGACGGCAGGAAUGGGGCCGACGCACCUGGUCGCCCUUUACGUGGCGACUGCCGGUCUCCAGGGUAAUGCGCUUGGAUCAGACGAGGAAGAAAUCACCCUCCUCGUCUACGUCCUCAUCGACGCACUUCAGAAUAAGGUGAUGGACAGGCAACAAUACAUCGUCAGACCUAUGGUCAUGGACGAAACAACCGAGAAUGGUACGGGAAGUGAAAAUCCAGCUGUUGCCGGUAGUAGUGGUGUUGUGAGCGAAGCUGCGGUAGCACAUGCGCCGGCCCUGACAGAACAAACCCUCCGUGAACGCGGCAUUCCUUUACACCAGGCCAUUCAACAGUUUGAAACUUGGUGGUCAUCCCUAACAUGUGUAUCAACCGGAAGUACGCCCCGUUUCGUGGUCGAUGGACAAGCUCCCUUAAGACAAUGUUUACACCCUGAGGCUUGUAAUAAAGACAUCGAAUUACCAAGCCAUUACAUCCACUUUCAUGACCUCAGAAAAGAGUUCAAAACCUGCUACUCUUCACAGGAUGAACUUUCACCCCUCAGCAUUCAGGACAUGAUUCAGUAUUUUGGUCUUUCGUCCGAUGUAGAUAAUGAUUAUCAGGUCAAGGAAAUUCAGGAUAUGAUCAACAUCAUCCAAAGGAUGAUAAAAGACGGUCACGUCUUUCAAACCCCAGAGGCAGUUAAUCUAGUUUUGGAACCUGGAAUAUGCUCAAAAGACGAAGAGGUAGACAGUAAUUGUGUGGUUAGGGCGCGAGGGCUUCCUUGGCAGUUGUCUGACCAAGACAUCGCAAAGUUUUUCCGAGGACUGAAUGUCGCAAAGGGUGGUGUUGCCUUGUGUUUGAGUCCGCAUGGAAGGCGGAACGGAGAAGCAUUAGUACGUUUUGUAAGUAAAGAACACAGGGAUAUGGCGUUGAAGAGGCAUAAGCAUCAUAUUGGCUCUCGCUAUAUCGAAGUCUACAAAGCAUCCGGAGAUGACUUUGUUGGAGUCGCCGGAGGCACCAGUGGAGAAGCACAUGCCUUCCUUUCUCGAGGAGCUCAAGUUAUCGUCCGGAUGAGAGGGCUUCCUUACGACUGUGUAGCUAAACAAGUGCUGGACUUUUUUGCGUCCGGACAAAAACCCUGCCAAGUUCUAGACGCUGAAGAUGGAGUCUUAUUCGUGAAAAAGGCAGACGGUCGGGCAACUGGCGAUGCUUUUGUCCUUUUCGCAAAGGAAGAGGAUGCGGCGAAGGCUCUUAGCAAACACAGGGAUUGCAUCGGAAGCCGCUACAUUGAACUUUUUAGGAGUACAACCGCCGAAGUUCAACAGGUUUUAAACCGAGUGAGUGACACAAAAGCGUACGACAGGAUGCCACAGCCAGUGCUACCGAUGCCAAAGUUCAGCACACUUUUACCGCAACAUGUCAUCACGUCAGGAACUCGCAAAGACUGCGUUCGCCUCCGUGGACUUCCUUACGAAGCGCUUGUCGAGCACAUCCUCGAGUUCAUGGGCGAGCACUCGAAAAACAUCGUUUACCAAGGAGUCCACAUGGUUUAUAACACACAGGGUCAACCCUCAGGUGAAGCAUUCAUCCAGAUGAACAGUGAAGGCUCUGCGUACGCUUGUGCCUCUCAGCGUCACCAUCGCUACAUGAUCUUCGGGAAGAAGCAGCGCUACAUUGAGGUCUUCCAGUGCAGCGGCGAAGACAUGAAUCUGGUAUUAACAGGACCGACUCCGACAAAACCUCUGCUCUCACCCGGUACGUUAACCCCGCAAUCACCCGGGCCUCUAACCCAUCAACAGCCUUCGGCCCCCGUCCCAAUGCCGACGCCUCAACCCCCCUUAUGGGACAUCCACGCACUAAUGCAAGCUCAGGCUCAAGCCCAGGCGCAAGCUCAGGCCCAAGCCCAGGCUCAAGCGCAAGCGCAAGCUCUCAGGAAUCAGGACUUUUGGUUGAUGGCUCUCGCCUCGAAUCCUCCCAAUUCCAACUCACCAGUAUCGCCUACCUCCAACAACACGAGCAAAGCUCUAGCGCUUCCUGCGCCGGCUCAACAUCAAAUUCAGUCCUACGCCAUGACACCGCAACAUGCUGCUGCUAUUCAUGCGGCCCAGCAGCAUGCCCAGCAACCUCAAGCACCAUUUUUACUAUUUAAUAUGCCCUCUCGGUACCCAAUUCUUCACCGGGCUCCUCAGUCUCACGGGCUCAUGCCUUCCCUUAUUCAAGCUCCACUCAAUCCCGCCGCUUUGGUAGGUUUGAAGAGGUCUUGGGAAUCCGCUUUUCCAGCCGAAGCCACUGGUGCCACUGCUCCAAAACGAGGCCCUUGGCAAACUCCGGCUGGAUUUCCCACCCAGGCUACUGCUCCCAGUUUGGCCUAUCCUGCUCAAUUUUAUCCGCAAAUGUAGAGUCUGAGCUAGCCGAAAUUUCUUGGCAAAUUAGAUGUUUUUUAAAGCAUAGUUUUUCGACGGAAAGAUUAAACUGAUAAAAUUCAGCACCCGGAUCAAGUAACCGAUUGCAAUUUUAAUUAUAUUUAAAUCGAAAUAUUAAAAUGGCACCAAAGUCGUAUAAAAAAGCUGCCAUUCUGGGUGAAGCAGCGGAAACAAACUACCAUCCUUCUGACAAAAAACGUGACUUUUUCACCACACGUGACAAUAAUUUAAGAUAUUAUUAAGUGCCUUACUUUCUCGGAUUCAUCUGCAAUCUUGAUUCUUAUCAGCCGAAUGCAUCGCCUCCAACCUCUUAGCAUCCGAAAAGUAAACGAAUCCACGAGAUGGUCACUUUGACCAGGGAGUCGUUGCAUGGCAUUAAAGAAAGAGUAAAAAUAAAAAGAAAUUUUAGGCUCUUUACAAAUAUAAACAGAAAUCAUUUUUUCAGCAAUAAUAAAAGCAGAAAGAAUACAUCUUUUAUGCUUAAUAUAAAUAUAUUAAACUGUAAUUAUUAAAAGACACAAUAGGAAUUUU